AUGGUGACAGCCAUGCUUAUUUUGAAAUAUCUUACUACUCGAUUCACAAGUCUUGUUCCUCCUUUGGUCCUACCAGAAAAUCCCAUCACUCUUCUUCGCAUGCUUAAUCGUCAACAGAGUGCCUUUUUUCUUGUCGCUCUGCUUGCAUGGACGUUUGAUGCUUUUGAUUUUUUCUCUGUUACUCUUAAUAUCAUCGAAAUUGCAACAACAUAUAAUAAAUUACCAUCGGACAUCACUUGGGGCAUUACAGUGACACUAAUGCUUCGUUCUGUGGGUGCCAUUAUUUUCGGAAUCGCCGGUGAUCGAUUCGGACGUAAAUGGCCAUUCAUCGUGAAUAUUAUUUUUUACUCCAUAGUCGAAAUCUGCACAGGCUUCUGUACUACAUACGCACAAUUUAUUGGUGUUCGUGCUCUUUUCGGAAUCGCUAUGGGCGGUAUCUAUGGUAAUUGUGCUGCUACAGCGCUUGAAGAUGCUCCAAUUGCUGCACGAGGCCUUCUAUCAGGCUUGUUGCAACAGGGCUAUGCACUUGGCUACCUACUGGCCGCUGCCUUGAAUCUGGCAAUUACGAAUAAUAAACGGUACGGAUGGCGAGCACUUUUUUGGUUCGGAGGCUGCCCCCCAUUUCUUAUUGCAAUUUGGCGCAUCUUCUUGCCCGAGACACAAGCAUUUCUCUGUGCCAAAGAAGCACGUAAAACGAAUACAGCUGCAGGCAAGUUUAGCUAG